CGGCGAGUUGCCCUCCGGGUGCCUCCUGCUAUGGACCCUCCUGUAGGCUGGGGGUGGCCAGGGAGCCGCAGGAGCUGACGAGGGCCUGCAGCAGGUGGGCUGCUGGCCCGCUUGUGCCUUGCCGGCGCGCUCCCCCGGCCUCCCCUCCACGUGCCGCCCGCAGCAGGUGAGUGAGGGGCGGGCAGGCGGGCGGAGGCGGCGCCUGGGAUGAGGUGAGCGGCGGAGCGGCGGCCGCCGCCCGGGGCGCCAGGCUGACCGCGGGCUUUGCCCCGCCCCCCGCGCAGCGCUCGGGGCGCUCCCGGGGCGCAGCCCUGUCCUGUGCGCGGCGGGCGGGCUGUGCAAUCACAUGGUGCGCUAAGAAUGCUCCAAAGAUGGCGGUAGCGGCAGCCGGAGCCGGCGGCGGCCGGGCGCAGCAGCAGCGCAGCGGCUGGCUGGAAGUCCUGGUGCGGGACCGCUGGCACAAAGUCCUGGCCAACUUGGCCGAGGACGCCCUGGUGCUGAGCUGCGAGGAGCGCGCCGACGGCGCGGCCCACAACGGCGUCGGGGCCAGCGGCCACGGGGCGCCCUGCCGAGGGGAUGCCGCCGGCCGCGGGAGCCAGCCGGGCGCCGCGGGCAUCCCCGGCGGGGCGGCCGAGCCCGCGGGCAGCCCCAAGGCGGCGGGGGGCGGCCCCGGGGUGCGCACCGCCUUCACCGAGCUCCCCGAGCAAGUGCCCGACACCAUCUCCAACAAGAAGCGGUGCGUGAAGGUGCAGAAGCAGGAGCUGGGCGGGCUGGGCAUCAGCAUCAAGGGCGGCAAGGAGAACAAGAUGCCCAUCCUCAUCAGCAAGAUCUUCAAGGGGCUGGCGGCCGACCAAACCCAGGCCCUCUACGUGGGCGAUGCCAUCCUGGCCGUGAACGGGACGGACCUGCGGGAUGCCACCCACGACGAGGCGGUGCAGGCGCUCAAGCGGGCCGGCAAGGAGGUGCUGCUGGAAGUGAAGUACAUGCGAGAAGCAACCCCGUAUGUGAAGAAAGGUUCUCCAGUUUCAGAAAUUGGAUGGGAAACGCCUCCACCUGAAUCUCCACGGUUGGGAGGUGUAUUCUCUGACCCACUGUCGCAGCUUUCUCUCACCAUCCACAGAGACAGAAAAACAAUUCCACUCAAAAUGUGCUAUGUGACACGCAACAUGGCGGUGUCAGAUCCUGAAAACAGGCUUCUUGAAGUCCAUUCCCCUGAUGCCAAGCACACUGUGGUUCUAAGGAGUAAGGAUUCAGCUACAGCCCAGGCCUGGUUCAAUGCUAUCCACUCCAGUGUGAGUGACCUUAUUCCCAGGGUGAUUUCAGAGGUGAAAGACCAGCUGGGUAAAACUGGGAUUGCUGGAAGUCGAGAGAUUAGGCAUCUAGGCUGGCUUGCAGAAAAGGUGCCAGGAGAGAAUGAGAAGCACUGGAAGCCAGCAGUGGUUGUACUGACGGAGAAGGACCUUUUAAUAUAUGACAGCAUGCCACGAAUGAAAGAAGCUUGGUUCAGCCCUCUACAUACUUACCCUCUGCUAGCCACCAGGUUGGUCCAUUCAGGUCCUGGUAAGGGAUCCCCACAAUCUGGGGUGGAUUUAUCUUUUGCAACGCGCACCGGUACAAGGCAAGGGAUUGAAACCCAUCUCUUCAGGACAGAGACUAGCAGAGACCUCUCACUGUGGACAAGGAACAUAGUGCAGGGCUGCCACAAUUCAGCUGAGCUGAUCACAGAAAUCACAACCUCUUGCACCUACAAAAACCAGGAGUGCCGUUUGACCAUCCAUUAUGAACAUGGAUUCUCUCUCACAGUUGAACCACAAGAUGGUGCCUUGUCGAAAACAAUUGCACAGUGUCCCUAUGAAAAAUUAAAAAUGUCUUCAGAUGAUGGCAUUAGGAUGCUUUAUUUAGACUUCGGAGGCAAAGAUGGAGAAUUUCAACUGGACCUUCAUUCUUGUCCAAAGCCAAUUGUGUUCAUCAUUCAUUCCUUCCUUUCAGCUAAGAUUACAAGACUUGGUUUGGUGGCAUAAAUUACAUCUGUUUCCUAAAAGAAAAAUGAAACUGCCAUGUUAAUCUGAAGUACAAUCAAUAGAAGACACUUGUAGCUGCUAGCAAUGUACAAAAGAUUGGAGUUCAAUGCAAGAACUUCAGCUCUGGUGAUUCUCCAAGGCCCAGCCUUCAUUUUGAUCAACUACAAAGGAGGGACACACCGAAAAAAACCAACAGAUUUUAGACUCAGAACAGUAAUUUCAAUCACUGUCAGUUGCAGGAGAUAACAUAGCUCAUUGUAAAUAAUGGCAAAAAUGGAAUUUUACAAUGUUAGUAAUUUAAAACCACAUACUGUACAGUGGAAAUGAGUACAGUACUGUAUGUGUAAACAUUUCAAAAUCAUAAAUCGUGCCUAUUUCAAAGUAUUUGUUUAUAUAGAGUAAGUAAGGGCUAAGCAGAUUCAAGACUGGGCACUUAUCAGUUGUGAUUCAGAAUAAGGCUUGAUUUUUUUUUCUCUUUUUUAAUACUACGUUAAGUGGUGGCUUUAUGAAGAUUAAAAAAAAAUCAGUAAAGUAUUACUUUCAUCCCAGUUUAUGUGCUAUUUAAAUAACUUGCUGUUCCAUAAGAAGGAGUCAUGAGAGGCAGCUGCUUUAAUACCCUGGCAGGUAUGUUUUGUGUGUGCAUGUACUCCAGUAGGGUACUCUAAAGCAGGAGUUCUCAACCUUUUUCUGUCUGAGGCUGCCCCCUUCUCCCCUACAACAUGCUAUAACAACUCCCCAUCCCACCUCUGCCCCCCAAACUGUUUUUCUCAUAUCCACUAGAUUAAAAGCCAGGGCCAGCAUUAGAGGGUAGCAAGCAUGGCAAUUGCCUGGUGCCCCAUGCCACAAGGAGUCCCAUGAAGCUAAGUUGCUUGGGUUCACUUUUCUGCCCUGGGCUCCAAUGAGUCUGACACCAGCCCUGCUCUCUGGUUUAUAUUGGUGUACCCCCAGUUGAGAACCUCUGCUCUAAAGCAACCAAGAGCUCCUUAGUGAACAGCCCAGCACCCAGAUCAGAGCAUCCAGGGCAUUUUCUAAUGGUCCAUAUGUAAUGAGCAUAUGUGCACAUUCCUGCAGAAGGCACCAAAAGCAGCAGUAAUUAUAGGACUUUUGUUGAAUAGCCAGGUAACCACAAGAGAGCACAAAGGGGCCUGUUCAAGUGUCCUUAACAUAUGAGCACACAGGGUAAACUUUUAAAAAGAACUAACCUAACUUUAAUAGCCUAAGUCCCACUGAAGGUCAGGGGCAUCUAGUCACUCUUCAAAAUCGGAGUGAAGAGCUUUUGAAAAUUUUACCCACAAGGCAAGUUAUGGUGCCUCACUUAACAUUGUGACCUAGUAGUAUGCCCUGCUGCUAAAUCAGUUAAAUUGAAAUAGAUUUCAUUAAGAAACAUGUGUAGCUCUGUAAUAAUUCAUUUAAAAAUGCAUUUGAGAUACAAAUAGUGGCCUGAGAAUUUAGUAGGAGUGGAAUGAAAAACUGUUGAUCACGUAGAAUUUAUACCACUUUUAAGCUGCAAACAGAAUUAACUCUUUGAAAUAGAUAUUCGUAAUGUGUUGACACUAAAGCCACAUUUUGAAAGCCAGGCUUUUAGAAACAAGCAGAAGUCAUGAAUGUGAUUGCUUGCAGAAGUUCAGCUGUAGCACUGCAAUGAUUUGUAUUUCUUUUUAAACUUUACAAAUAAGCUACAUUUUAAUUUAGAUGUCACUCAAUUGGCAAAGAAAACAAAUCACACACACUAAAUACUAAAACAGUGAUUCCAUUUUAAUUGUUUUCAGUUGAGGUCGAGCCCAGUAAGUAAGUCAAAUCUGUUUCCACAUACAUAAAGGCUUGAUAAAUGGUGGUUUUCAUACAUAUGUUAAUUAGUAAUA